CAAAUUCGCUCUGCUGUUAUUGAGCUGCGAAAGCUAAACGAAAAUUGUUAAAAUUUUAUUGCAAAUUAAUUGUGAGUAAUGUUGAAUUGGUAUUAGCAGACAGACGGUAAAGAAAUCGAUUUGAAUACAGAGUGAAAUUGUAAUAUUUAAAUGAAAAAUAGCAAAUUUCUCGAGCGGCCGAAUAAAAAUUUCACUACGCGACUCCCAUUUUCGGUUAGGGUCGUGGCUCGCGUGUUAAACAUAUGUGCGAGAUAGAGAAAGCCACUGCUUGCGGCUGCAUGUAGCAAGUGUGCGUGCGAACGAGCAGACAAGUGUUGUUUUAUUUUUUUUUGUCGUUUUGGUGUAAAGUUGAAGAAAAUUUUUGAGCAAAGAAUUUAAUAAUGAGAUAAUCUUUGUAUUUAUCCAAAUAACAUCAGCGAAGUGAAAGAAAAGCCAAACAAAUUGUUAAUUGUUUAUAUAAUUAAUUGAAUUUGAAGUAAUUGUGUUGGGGAAGUGCGUGUUAUGUGGCUAAAUAUCGAUAAGUCGCAACAGCUGAUGCACUGGUGCGUUUAAUCUUUACUAGCAAACCCCCACGCCGGUGGGGCUUAAAGCAUUAUAACAAAAAAAAAAUAAGAAAAAAAGAAGCAAAAAACACGCCAGAGAGUGAUUCACAAGUUUUAAGCAGGCGUAGCACCUUUCCAAAACUGCACUAGCUUAUGCUUAUUAAUGUGGAAUUUGUUGUUGAAAUAUUUGUGUGUCUAUGAGAUACGUGUGAAAGAAAGUUUCGUUUAGGAAGGCUUUUUGCUUUCUUCUUUUUUUUUUGUUGCAUGAAUCGAAGGAUUGAUUGCUGUUGUCUUCUUGUGGAUUACGGUGCUCGUGGCUGAGCGAAAGACGAUUGCGACGACCACGACCACAACGACAACGACGACUAUCGGACGGAUCGGUUCUUGAAACGACCCGUUGCUGGUCAUUUGGGAGAAGAUAUACGUCUGAUCUGGAUAUAAUUGAUGCAUGAUGGAUGCUGGACAGCAAGAAACUAGACAGGCACAUCAUCGUGCUUCCGUGAAGUGGCUGCUCGCCAAAGCCUUCAACAAUAAUAUUCCAGACAAUUUGCGUGAACCCUUCUAUACCGAUCAUGACAAUCAGGAACGGCUGAAACCGCAAAUUGUCGUGGAAAUGGGAAAUGCAACGCUAUACUGCCAGACAUUAUCCAACAUAUAUUCGGAUCCGAAUUAUCAAAGUCUGAAUCAUUGGUCCAUAUUGCAGACAUUGUCACGUAAGGGUGUGCCAGUCGCUGAGUCACCAGAGAUGCCAUUAACCGAAACGGUUUUGAUACAAACCAAUCCUUUGAGGAUAAACGCCCACAUGUCCGUGAUUCAAUCACUCAUGACUUUGUACGCAAAGGAAAUAACUUCGGGCGAUCGCAUAGCUAACGCUGUUGCCAGAAUUACGGGUAAUAAUGGCCAAACGUUACCACACGAUCAGCCUUUCGAUCAGCUGCUGUUGCUGUGGAUCUCACAUGCGUGCACUUCGCUGAAGAAACGCAUCGCCCGCGAGGUCGAAUUGGGCGCAACGGAUGAAAAUGGCGUGCGCCUACAAGUGCCCAACAUUCCAGCAGUGCACGAUUAUCAGAGCUUAUGUGAUGGCGUUUGUUUAGCUUUAUUUAUAUCGUAUUAUUGCCCGAAAGCGCUACCAUGGACGCUUGUGCGUAUUAAUUACUUACCAGCCGUCGAGGAUUCCGUACACAAUGUGUCUUUAGUCAGCAAUUUUUGUCAAAAACAUUUGCCAUAUAAUGUGUUCCAUAUGAUGCCCGAAGAUGUUACAUACAUGCGCAAUUCAAUGAAGCUGAAUUUAGUUGUACUUUUGGCGGAUUUAUUUCUACUCUUCGAAAUCCAUCCUGCAAAAUGUGUUUGCUAUCCAGGCAUGGAUGCGCCAGUUUCGAAUUCGGCCUCGUCAGAAGUAGUGUAUGGAAAUAAUACUGCAACAAUAAUGCAAAAUGCGGGGUUAAGAAAUUCGGAAAACGAAGCCUUUGUUGUUCAUAAGUCACGUGGCGUUACAACCCUAUCGUCGUUGCACUCACAACAACAACAACACAAUCAACAGCAACAGGAGCCAUUGGUUCCCGCACGUUUGCGUCAAUCGAAAGAAAAAUCAAAUAUCGAGACUAAGGCUGAUGAAAGAGGUGAUUACGUACCAGCAGGCAGACCCAGCAAUUGGGAACAAAAUCGGCGUCCUAGUUAUGCAGGACGACGCUCACGCAGAAACUCAUCCAGCGAAGACUCACAAUUGACAAUUGAGAAUUUCGGUGGCUCUCAAGAUCAACUGAAUGCGGUCGGACGUUUUGAGCGCGAGCGUGAGCGUGAACGCGAACGAAAGCUAUCCAAUGUUAGUGUGGAACCCGCUGUUGCCGUACGCUCCUCCAUUGCCGAUGCACGCGGCACGCUACAACUUGGCUACGAUACCGAUUCGGGUUCGGAGAAACAGGAUCGUGAGACCGAGAAAUACUUAAUGAAGCGACAUGCAAGCACCGAUAAUGUCAACAUGAAUGCCUCCAAUACUCAACUGAACAGCAUUGUCAGCACGGUAAGCAGUCCGAUGCCCUCGACACGCCGUCAACACCCCAUUGAAAAAGACAAUCUGGAAGAGCAGUAUGCCGAACGCAAGGACAGCAGCACGAAUGAUUAUGAGCAAACGUUGACCAGACGCUCAACACAAAGUUCUGGCUCAAGCAAAGUGGAGGCUUGGAAUAAUAGUAAAAUUGAUCCCUACGACGAUGAUCUGCGCACGCUGGAGAACGCCUCCAAAUUGUCCAAUAUACGCAUGAAACUCGAAGAGAAGCGUUUACGCAUCGAACAGGAUAAGCGACGCAUUGAAAUGGCCUUGUUGCGUCAUCAGGAAAAGCUUGCACGCGAGGAUUUGGAUGCCUCGUCGGAGGUGUUGAAAUGGGAGACAUUGAGUAACGAUUCCAAUCGUACGCCAGAUCUUGAUCCGCUCGACUUGGAUAAGUAUCAGCAAAGUCUGGCUAUUAUGAAUAUGAAUUUACAGGAUAUACAACAGGAUAUUCAAAAGCUAACAGUCCAACAAAACCAAAUACAAGCACAACAAUUGCAAGCGCAACAACUGAUGCACGCACAGCAUAUGGCCAACAUGUUGAAUCAGCCACCGUAUGGUUCACAACAACAUCUCAGCGACAAUUUCAAUCAAAUGCAAAUGCAACAACAACAGCACAAUUUCGGUUCGACACCACAUCUUGCACAUUCCCCAUACAAUCCACAUGCCAAUCUCUACAACUCGCGUCCGCCCAGUCGCGAUCCCUACCAACAACAACAACAGCAACAGCAACAAAUGCCAUCAAUGCCAAUGCAAUAUAUAAACGAACACGGGCAAUAUGUGUCGCCACAGCAGCCGCCACCAAUGAUGCAACAACAACCACACUACAUGCAACCACAGAAGUUAUAUAACGAUAAUAUGGUUCCUUACAACAACCACGUCUACGGUGCACCACCCGGUCCGCCGCAAUACGUACCACACCACAACCAAACGCCACCGCAAUACAUGAAUCGGGCCAGCAUGUACGAUGACUACGGCCGUGAUCCGAGCUCCCCACAACCGAAUCCCAUGUAUCCGCAUGAAAUGUCGCCGCAACCGGCGCAACCGCAACGACGCACGUGGAAUCAAUCGGUGUACGAGCAGCAACAGCAGCAACAACAACAACAGUAUCAGCAGUCGCAAGCGCCUUUGGUGGAUGUGAAUGCAUGGCAACAGCAAAAGCAACGUUCAACGCUGCCCAUGGACGGCAACUACACUUGGAAGAAGUCCAAUCAAAUGGCGAGCAACAGUGGACGUGAAGGUGGAUUUGUGUUGCAUCAAAACGAUGGCGGUGGUGAGUAUCAGCAUCUCUUCCGCUCCUCACCGCAGCACAUGCAACACAACAGCAACGACGGCGGCGGCGGUGGCGGCCUGCAGCGUCAACACUCUAUCACCAAUAUGCCAAUGACAACGAAACAAGCGCCGCCAACAGCGGCGACGUCUUCCUCAAAUUCUUCGGGUGGCCAACAAAUGUGCGAUGAUAUGAUGGCGCCACAGAGCAUAUGCUUUAUUGGCGAUGAGGACGAUGUGGAGGAGUUGGAACGUAAUAUAAUCGAAUCAAUGCAGCAUACGCGCAUCACCGACUAUGCACACCAGCAGCAGCAGUAUCAAAUGCAGCAGCAGCAACAACAGCAACACUAUCAACAGCACGGCAGUGACGGCAGCUACGACGGUGGCAACGAGCUGUUGCCGCAAAAGUUGCACAUAACCAGCGGCAACCUAACCUAUCGCAUACCGUCGCCGUCCAGACCCGCUGUCAACGCCAACAGUUUUCAGGAUCCACGCGAUGCGAAAACCGAGAAAGGCUUUUACAUUUCGUUCGACGAUAACCAACCCAAACGCCCGAAACCACCCUUGCGUGCGAAACGUUCGCCGAAGAAGGAGCGCAGCAUGGAUAGCACCGAUCACCAGGCGUUGUCCGGCACCAAAAUGGAGGCACUCAAUCGUUCGCACAGCAUCAGCGAAGACAACAAUCCGACCUACAAUGGUGGCACGCUGUUGCGUCAGUACGCCGGUGGCGUCGGCAAUAUGGAUACGCUUAAGAAUGGUGGCAAAAUGAGCGACAUUAAUACGGCUACAUACAAUAAGUACACAGAUGCGCCUAUACAGUUACGCCAUGAUGACCUCAAUAGCCAAAAAGCGCCAGUAGCGCAACCACGUUCGCCCGUACAUCAAUUCAGUGUUUCGGCGACGGCUGCGGCACUGUCGUCCUCACCGCCCAUAACGCGUAGUCAUCAAACUACAAAUGCCGCCGGUGCGGGUGGUAGCGGUAGUCAGGCGAAGGCGUUAGUCAUCGGCACCGAUGUGACCAACUUGGAUCGGGAAUCCAUCGAUGAAAUGGAGCGUCGCAAAGAAAAAAUCAUGCUACAGUCACUACAGCGCCGCCAACAGCAAGAGGAGGCGAAGGCGCGUAAAGAAAUCGAAGCGGCACGCAAGCGUGAAAUGGAGCGCGAAAAGGAAGAGGAGAAGGCGCGCAAGAAAGAAGAACAAAUGGCGCGACGGGCGGCAAUUUUGGAGCAACAUCGAUUGAAAAAGGCAAUCGAAGAGGCCGAACGGGAGGGUAAAACGCUUGAUCGCGAAUUAACAAUGAAACAGUCAACACAGAAUUCCACAACGCCACGUCUGCGUCAAACGCGUCCCACACGGCCACGUCCCAAGACCAUACAUGUCGAUGACGGUUCCGUGGACUUGAGUGAAGCAUCGAGUAUUUCUAGUCGUAGUAAAAAAGGUUCUAGUACCAAUCUAACAGCCUACGGUACAUUGAGCAAUUCCAACACGCUGAGAAGAGAUUUUUAUAGAGGCUCGCACGAUUCUCUAACUGUGAAAGAAUCACCUGAUGAAUACCCAAGCACAAGUUCGACACCGAUUGGGCGCAGGGGAUCAUAUAAAGCAUCAAGAGAACCAACCGUCGAUCGAGGCCGCUCACGUAUAUCUGUAGCUAAAGGAAGUAGCCUUAAUUUCCGUGGUCGCAAGUCGAAUUCGCUAAUGAAUCUGUGUGAUACAGAUUCGGGAUUGGGUCGUGCCACACCGCCACGUCGUGCGCCAUCGCCGGGCAUGGCCUCAGGUAGGCAUAUGCCGUCGCCAUCCGGACCGGGCUCACUGCCACCAGGUUUGAUAUCGAAACGACGCGGCUUCGAUGAUGGAUCGGGCCUGCUAUCGGCCAAUCUAGGCUCAAUGGAAUAUUCGGGUCCGAAACUGUAUAAGCAACCAGCGGCCAAAUCGAAUCGUGGCAUCAUAUUGAAUGCCGUCGAAUAUUGCGUUUUUCCCGGUGCGGUGAAUCGUGAGGCCAAACAAAAAGUACUCGAGAAGAUUGCACGCUCCGAAGCGAAACAUUUUCUCGUGCUCUUCCGCGAUGCCGGCUGUCAAUUCCGUGCAUUGUACAGCUAUGUGCCCGAGAUGGAUCAAGUAACCAAAUUGUACGGUACGGGACCUAGUCAAGUGGAUGAAGUCAUGUUUGACAAAUUCUUCAAAUACAACUCAGGCGGAAAAUGCUUUUCACAAGUCCAUACAAAACAUCUAACGGUCACCAUCGAUGCAUUUACGAUUCACAACUCGCUGUGGCAGGGCAAGAAAGUGCAUUUGCCCAGUAAAAAGGAUAUGGCGUUAGUUAUAUAAGGAGUAGCGUUACAUAAUAUGGCGCGCAAGUGGCCGCUUUACUACUACUACCACAUAUGGCAACGCUUCUCUGUGUGUGUGUGUAUGUGUGCUUGAAGGAAUUGCCCGAUAAUAUUGUUGCUGCUGGCGGAAAACGAAGAGAAGAAGCUAAAACAGCCGAGACAUCAUGAAAAUUGUUGCCUGAGUUACAUACAUACAUACUUCUAUGUAGAUGUAAAUUGUUGGUUCGAAAGUUAUAUAUAUACAUAUAUGCAUAUACAUUUACAUACCUAACUUAUAUAUAUAAUAUAUAUAUGGCAUCAUUGAUUGAUAAUGCAAAAAAGCAAGAAAUUAAGAAAAAUAGGAACAAAGCGCGCAAGUUUUACAAAGCAAAAAGCAAGAACAAUUUUGCGAAAAAUUGAAAAAACAGUAAAUAACUAACAUUUACUAACUGCAAAACUUAAAGUUAAAAGGCGCCUGCGCAGCGCCGUAAAGUGUGUAAAGCGAAGAAGAGAGAAAAAGAGCGCGCUAGUGCAAGGGAGAGUUAGUCCAAACGUAACUGUCUGUCUUGUUGUGUGGCUGGAAAGCCAAAUAUAAGCUUAAGCUGGCGCAAACUGUCACACACACACACAUACACACUACAGUACACACACACAUACUUAUACAACUAGGAUAUUCAUAUAUACAUACA